AUGGCCUCAUCGAGGAAAAAUUUGGAACCAAAUCAUAGUAGCUCUAAAGCAAAGGAGGAACAGAGGCGUCGACUCAGAUGUAUAAACAGGCGUUGUAGAAAUGGUGAUACCCUGGUUGAUGCGGUGGAAAUGGCGUGCCAUUACUAUGACGUUGUUUACAAGCCUGGCAAAGAGGUUUGCAUGGCGUGUUACAAAAAGUGUCUUAAACAUUAUAAAACUCUUGAAAAGAAAUUUAAGGAGGGAGAAUGUAUUUUGGAAUCCACUUUCCCAAGUUACGAUUCAUACGUAGUUAUUGAAGAUUCAUCGAGCGAAGAAGAAGAAGAAGAAAAGCAAAAUCCUAGUACUUCUAAGGCAGGUUUACCUCCCGACCCAGAAGUUAAAAAAGGCCUCGAAGAUGCAGUCGCACAUUUUUUUGAUAAAAACAAAAAUCUCUUUAACCUUCAAGUUCAAUUAUUGAACGAGCAUAUGAAAGAAUCAUUACAGAAAUCUACGACUAAUUCUGUAGACGUUGAUGAUUAUGUUUUGAGUUUAGUAGCUCAAAUGGCAUCAAUACAAGAUGCAAUACUUAGUCAAUAUCAACCAAUUGUAACAAGGGUAGAAUCUGUGAAUAUCAAUGAGUUGGAGGAUUCUAUGGAAGAGGAACAAGAAGAAGUCAAUAUGCCUCAAAAAGAAAUAAAUAAGCUUAUAAAGGAAAUUGAGAUGCCUAAAGAAGCCAAAAAAGAUAAAUCUGAUAAGGACGAUAUUAUUACUGUUGAUAGAACUGUAUCUGAUAAGGACGAUAUUAUUACUAUUGAUAGAACCGUUUGUGUUGUACCAGCUAAUUUACCUCUAGAAGGUCUUUUAGAGUAUCCUGAUGUUGAGGCUGGACAAAUUGUAUUUGCGAUGAAGUUGACUAUAAAAGAUCCCUGGUAUAGAGGUAAAAUCAAAAAUAUAGUUAAUGAAGAUUAUGUACAUGUCGUAUUUCAAACUGGUGAAAAGUUAGUGACAACAAAACAAAUUGCACACUCUACACUGAAUUCAGUUAGAUUUCCUGUGGGUUGCAGAGUAAUUGCUAAGCUUACGGAUCCUAAUUCUAAACGCAUCGAUGGAUUUUAUGCUGGUUUAGUUGCUGAACCUCCAAAAAUGCUUAAUAACUUUCGAUACUUGAUAUUUUUUGAUGGUGGUUAUGCUCAAUAUCGACAACACCAAGAUAUUCGUUUAAUUGCACGUAGAUCAAGUUUACAUUAUGUAUGGAAAGAAGUAGAAGAGAAUUCCCAGGAUUUUAUAAAAAGUUAUUUAGAUAAGUAUCCUGAACGACAAAUGGUUAAGUUGACCAAUCAACAUUCAGUACGAGCAGAGCAUCAAGGUCAGUGGCAGAUGGCAAAAGUGCUUGAAGUUGAUGCAUCUUUGGUCAAAUUAUAUUUUACUGAUUUCAAACAUAGCGAAUGGAUAUAUCGUGGCUCUUCCCGUUUGUAUAAUAUUUUUGAAAAACAGAUCAACUCUGAGAGAGGUAUUCGAUUAAGGCAAUCUGGACUAGCUUAUUUAAAAAAACCAUUUGUAGAAUAUACAAGUGUUGAAGAAGAGCCCUCCCGCCUUUUAGCUAAGGGUGUAGCUCGUAAAAGUACCACUAAGAAUCCAACAACCUCUGGUGACGGAACUCAAAAACGGAAUAAAAAUACGUCCAAUGCUACCAAGGUUGUUAACCUACUAUUGGAUAAGUUAGUUCCUAAUCCAAUGAAAUUUGUCAAACACGAAUGUACUCCUUUUUGUGUUUUAUGGACGAAAUAUGACUAUCGGAGAACUAGUAGUAUCAACAUGUUGACUAUUCCGUUGCAUUUUGGUUUCGACAGGAUUAAUACAGUCAGUCAUAAUUCAUCAGAAAAAUGUAUCCUAUACAAAACCCCGUGUGGUGUAACUAUUCGAAACAUAAAACAGAUGCUGGAAUAUCUGAUUGCUACCCACAGUAAAAUGACUAUCGACCAAUUCGAUUUUAAUAGUUGGGUCCAACCAUUGGCAGAAUAUAAGGUCUUAAGAAGUGUGCAAUUUUUAAAAGAUAUAUCUGAGGGCCAGGAAUUUAGGGGCAUACCAUGUGUGAACAUUAUUAACAUUGCAUUACCACCAAAAAUGGAUUAUAUGACUACUAGACAACCAAUGCCAGGUGUUAACAUAAAUGUAGAUAGUAAAUUCUUGUGUGGAUGUGACUGCACCGACAACUGUCAAGAUAAAUCGAAAUGUGGUUGUUGGCAGAUGACUAUCGAGGGACAGAAAAUUUUACCUAAUCUUUACAAAGACCCAAAUAUUGGUUACAGUUAUAGGAGGUUGCCUGAACGAGUUUUAACAGGUAUUUAUGAAUGCAAUAAGACAUGUAAAUGUUCCAGUUCGUGUUCAAAUCGUGUGGUACAGAAUCCACUGUCGCAAAAGUUACAAUUAUUCAUGACUGAGAAAAAAGGAUGGGGUGUUCAAUGUUUGAAUGAUAUACCACAAGGGAGUUUCAUAUGUAUUUAUGUUGGUUAUUUGUUAACUGAAACUGAUGCUAAUGAAGGUGGGAAAAAUUAUGGCGAUGAAUAUUUGGCAGAAUUGGACUAUAUUGAAGUUGUUGAAAAAAUAAAAGAAGAUUAUGAAAGUGAAGUACCUGACAGUGACUAUGAAUAUGAAACUGAGACAAAUCAAUCCGAAUCGUCUGAUGAACAUUAUCCUAGUACAUCUGAUGGUAGAAGAUCUGAAAUGACAUUACAAUUGCGCAAACGCAAUAAAUCAAAAACAAAAAAAGAUGGUAAACAAGUGCAAGUUUUGUCCAAAUUAAAUGCACGUAAUAUGAAAAACAACCCUAAACCUCCAAAAUCAGUGCGUGAAUACUUUGGAAAUAACGAGAGUGUAUAUAUCAUGGAUGCGAAAACUAGUGGCAACAUUGGACGUUAUUUAAACCAUUCGUGUUCUCCAAAUACAUUUGUCCAAAAUGUAUUUGUAGAUACGCACGACUUACGGUUCCCAUGGAUAUCGUUUUUUGCACUCCAUUUUAUACCAGCUGGAACAGAGCUAACUUGGGACUAUAGCUAUGAUAUAGGAAGUGUUCCAGGAAAAAGGAUGAAAUGUCAUUGUGAUUCACUUUACUGUAGAGGAAGAUUGCUGUAA